AAUAAGUGUUAUGUGUAAGUUAGGAAUGGUUUGCAGUGAUAGUUGAUAUUGGUUGUGAUCAAAGAACAAGAUGGCGACGCGGGGGACCAAACGCUUAUUGUCGAUUUUCUUCAGCAUUCUUCUGCUGGGACGAGCUAUUGCUGGUCGUGGUCACACAGAGGUCCGCGUGGAGCUGCAGAUGGAACGGUGGGCGACAAGGGGCGGCGCGGUUCGCUUGCGGUGCGUGCAUGACGUGCCGCCGCACCUCCUUGACAAAGUCGUCUUCCUCAGGCACGGCACCAAAAUAUUCCAGUACAUUAAAGACAGGAAACCGCCGUAUAGGAAUUUCACAACCCCAGGAGCUGUACUGAAUAUAGCAUUGGCGACGGAUAACUCAAUAAUCCUACAGAACUUAGACUUUGCGGCUAGCGGCAGUUAUUCCUGUGAAGUGUCAAUGGAUACGCCCAUUUAUACCAAAGAGUCCACUGCUAAGCAACUUACAGUAUUCCAUCCACAAAAGCAUCACCCGCGGAUCGACUUCCCCACACGAUAUAUCAGCUUCGGUGAGACUCUCCGAGCGAACUGUACCACCGCGCCCGCGCUCCCCGCGCCCCAUAUUACCUGGUUCAUUAACGGUAGAAAGAUGGAUGAACUUGUGGUCCAUUCCCAUAAGUACCGUGUACCAUUGAACGAGAGACGCAGAGGAUUGCAGAAGCCGUUUGAAUACGAAAGUGGCAGCGCACCACCGCCGGUGCUGGCGCUUACACACAUCUCCCACGUCGCUACAAAAGCUCCUGGUUGUAAUAUAAAGGAAAAUCAGAUUGAAUUAGUGAAUAAUCUCGAAGAAACAAACGCGAAUCGGACGAACAGUCGACAUAGGGGUCGAAGACCGAGUCGUGGCCGGGAUCUUUACGUAUCGGUUUCUGAAAUACAACUGCUAGCUACGGGGAGACUGGAGGUGACCUGCGUAAGCACCAUUCCCGAGUUCAGAAGUAUUGAUGACAAAUUCGCGGACGUUAGAAAUGAUACAGUUAUCGUGGAUUUAAUAAAACCGUCGACAUACUCUCAAGAAUCUAAUGACACGACAAAAGCAGGAUCCAGCAUAUCAAAAGCCAGUAGUCUGUCUAUUUCACACUUAAUUUUUACAAUACCUUUUUUAAACCUCAAAAGAAUUGUUUGACAGCUAUUUUAUACAUAUUUUAAAUCAAAUUAA